UAGUAAAUAUUUAUGUUAUAUUUUUUUAUACUGUAUAGCGCCCUUGCUUGUAUAAGCUUUGGUAUACCGACGCUGUUUAUAUAAUAUGGUCCAAACCGUUGACCUGGCAACUGUAUUUCAAGCUUAAUGUUACCAGUAUAAAAUGGAUAAUCAGGCGUUCAUUCGCCUAAUGACAAUUUGCUAUGCCAUCGCAGGGGCAUUGGCGACAAUUGCAGUUCAGCUAUUUUUUCGUAACCGCUACCAAGGGAAGGAGCGCAGGGAUUUCUAUUUGCUAAUUUUAUUAAUAGUUCCCCUUGGAACAUUUUGCCUCUGGUUGUUGUGGUUCUGUAUGUACAUUGCUCAAAUGCAUCCCAUGAUAUCGCCUAUUAAACACUUUAUUCACAAAGCGCCAGAGGCGGCUGCAGAAGUCCCGGCACCAGCAGCCGCCUAGAUAUCUUCUGUAGCAGAUAUUCUGCUAUAGAGGUCAACCACGGGCAACAAUUGUAUUCUAAUGUCUACUG